CCUCUCUCCCUUCUAAUUCGUCCGUGUCUGGGUCCUAUUACCACGUACACGUACACACGCACACACACUCGUCCAUAUUUUAUUGUUUACUAUGGCUGACAAACUGCAGCUCAACGUGCAAGGCACUGCUGCAACUGUCAUUAGCGAAACACAACUACAUAAACGUUACAUUUCAGUCUGGAAUCGCAAAACACGCUUUGAUGAUGGCCGGGAGAUAGAAUGGGAUGUCGUCGGGCACGACACACCGUAUCCCACUUUUGUUACUGUCUUUACGUUUGAUUCAAAAAAGAAAACGACGUGCAUUCUAAAGGAGUACGCGCAAGGAACAAACGAAGUGAAAUAUACUUGCACAGCUGGAUCAUAUGACCGAAGAAAACACAGCAGUCCACUCGAAUCAGCAGAACAUGAAUUAUCGGAAGAAGCGCGUCUGAAGGGAGGAAAAUGGAUCAACAUGUUGCCCGACGACCAGCCUGACGGCAUCAGCGAACUCAAAUGGGGCAAGAACAGAUUCGUUCCCUAUCUUUGUAUCGAUCCAGAGCAAGAUCCACAACCACGCGCACGCGAUAACGAGGAAUGGAUGGAGGUUAUUAACGAUGUGCCUAUUGCAGACUUGAAACGCUUUAUUACUACCGGACAGGUCAUGCUGCCCAGUGUUCAAACUGCCUGGAUGGCUCUCGACUACCUUGCUGAACAUGGUUUGCUCUGA